AAGAGAGAUGAAGAACUUGUGUAAAGAAGCUGUAAUGGAAAUGGCGAUUUAGAACGGUUGUGAAGUCAGAGGGUAGAGUGAUGGAAAAGAUCGAGGAACUCUGUAGAUAUGGACCGUUCACCAACACGAGCUGUCGUGCAUCCAGCGGCGGGGCGACAGCUGCACAUCAAUGUGUGCGUACGAUGUGCGCCGGCGACGCAGCGAGGUUGCAGUGGCAUGCGACCUUUGACCGGUCAGCGCAACGCAUGCCCGAGCUACCUUGAGCGGCAUAAUGCAGCCAAGAGGUCGAGUACGCCGGCAGUUGGUAGGCUAGCACGCGGGGUGCAGGAGUCACCACGUCCAACCUGCAGCCUCUUGAGUAGCGAACAGACACCCUCUACUAGAUCAGCAAGGACAUCUGGAUCCCGGACUCUUCGUCCAUAUAUUGACGGAUGGCUGCAAUCUCACCAGCAUGAUCAGCGCACACACAGAGAAGUGAGAACAGUGGGCGGGGCACGACCCGCAGAUGUCAGGUAUGUUUUGGUGAACAUUGCGACACCGUACACAUCAACAAUCUCCAGGGCGAUGAUGAGCAUGGUUGUUAACAAUGAUGUCGUGUUCGCAUGGAAGGAUUAUGGCUGGGCGUAAAGCCGUGGAUUGCCGAACCCAUUUCGGAUUGCUAGCGUCAGGCAACGGGCGGACCUUGUAGCGCCUGAGGCAUCUAUGCUGGAUGGGACAGCAGAGGAGAAUGCAUAUGACCAGCUCUGUCCCUGUCGCAUCUCGCCGCUUUCCGAGAGCUGCUGAGAAUAUGAUAGACUGUGUCUAGA